CUGGCAAACCGGUUAGACGGUGUUUGUACACGUGACCUCGAAAGCGACGAUCCAUGCGACUUCUUUCACGUUUCCCAGGUUGUGUGAGAUAAACUAACUUAGAGACACGGGUUAUAUAAACUGCUCGGUUACAUCAUCAGUACUCGGACUGCGACCAUUCUUUAGUGAUUUAGAGUAACGGAGGGUAAAGUAACGUAAACCCUUAGUGGUUGAUUCAAAUCAUGACUUCUGACUCAAUGCUGAGUUAAAUGCGUAUUUAAGAGUAUUGUGUUUCGCUUAAACAUGUUUCCUGUUUAAUCAGCCGUUCUGCUUUGUGGGGGAUUAAGGAAAGGGGUAUGAAUGAAAGUCUGAGGUGUAGCCAUGGGUUUUCACACAGUAACAGUGGCACUACACUUGACCAGGCGUUUCUUUUCAAACUCGUCCCAGUGUCGUUUGAUUCACCGAAUGGAUGGAAUCAGCCGUGUGAAGAGGGUGUCCAUCGAAGGUAACAUAGCGGUUGGGAAGUCGACUUUUGCAAAGUUGUUGCAGAAUGCAGGACAAAACUGGGAAGUCACACCCGAACCUGUCAGCAAGUGGCAAAACGUCGAGGAAGCAACCUCACAAAUAGUGCUGUCUCCUCAGCAAACGACCAGCAACCUGCUGCAGAUGAUGUAUCAGGAUCCCAAGCGCUGGUCUUAUACCUUCCAGACAUUUUCCUGCAUGAGUCGCAUGCGUACCCAGCUGCAGCCACCUCCUGCGAAAUUAAUGCAAUCCAGAGACACUGCUGUACAGGUGUAUGAACGCUCCAUCUAUAGUGACAGGUACAUUUUUGCUCUGAAUUCAUUUGAGCUAGGUGCUCUAAAUUCAACGGAGUGGGCUGUGUAUCAGGACUGGCAUUCUUUCCUUGUUGAGCAGUUUGGUCCUAAGGUACAGCUGGAAGGGAUCAUCUACCUUAGAGCUUCUCCACAGGUCUGCAUGGAGAGGCUGGGCAAACGAGGUAGGGAGGAAGAACGGGGGCUACAGUUGGACUACCUUGACACACUGCAUGUGCAGCAUGAAAACUGGCUCAUUAACAAAUCUACAAAGGUUCAUUUUGAUCACUUGAAGAAUCUUCCUGUACUGGUAUUGGAUGCUGGUCUGGAGUUUGAGAAAGAUCCUGAGGUUCAGGCCAGGCUUAUUAAAGAGGUUAAGAUUUUCUUCCAUGACUUGUAAAUGCCAAGACCAAACACCAAUUUGUCAAAUAUAAUGAUCGUCAUCCAGCAUAUUGCUCUAACCAACACAUGAGGGGGUGUUUUCCUCUAGAGCAGCAGUUUACUCUUCAGUUCAAUUGAUUUUCUUCUGCAUUCUGCCAUUCCAGAGCAAAAUCCAUGUUUUUGUAUUGGACCUAACUAGAUCACCUGAUCACUGCUCAUAUGUUUGCUUUUUUGCAAAUUUGACAAAGCCGUCUGUAUCAGAAACUGGAGCUAUGACAAAAAUGUCAGUGAGUGACAUUGUUUUCCACAGUAUGUUGAAACAUAGUAUCAUAUGCAUAAACCAGUGUAAUAUUUAAUAUUUUUUUAUGUGUUGUAGUUGUACAUUAUGUGAAAUGUUUCAAUUAUUUCACGUUUGAAUGUUUUACAUCAUUGUGUUCUGUUUUGGCUGUGCAGUGGGUUGGUUUUCUGGGCACAGAGUCAAGGUAUGCUUGUCCUAGAGUACAAUAUCAGUGAAACAUUCUCCCCUGAACAUCAUCUUCUGUCAUAUAUCUAGGGUAUGUUUGUUCAGAAGGCUAGGCUUCACUGUUCAAGUUUCCCUGCAGUGUUGCCAUAUAUCUGGGUGAUGUAGUUUUCCUGGAUAUUGAAGUUAGCUCUAUAUAGUGCUCCAACUUAAGGAGAAUUAAAAUGUUUAUUGAUAAA